AUGUCUGUUGAAGCAGAACAACAUCAACAGGUGUCUGAAGACAUGCAAAUAGACUCGAGCAGCUCGGGCAACAAUGGGAAUAGAGGUGGUAGAAAGGAUUCCAAUCAAAGACCUUAUAAAUGUCCGAUGUGUGAUAAGGCAUUCCACAGACUAGAGCAUCAGACUCGCCACAUUAGAACGCAUACAGGGGAGAAACCACAUAGUUGUAAUUACCCCGGGUGUUUCAAGAAGUUUAGUCGAUCCGAUGAGUUAACCCGACACUCGAGAAUCCAUACCAACCCCAAUUCCAGAAGAAAUAAGAAUUUGAAGAAGUUGGAGAGUUUAACAGAUAUAAAGGGAUCAUCUUCCUCGCUGCCACCAGAGAAGAUGUUAAAGAUAGAGGAUAUGACCGGUUCAGGCCCCGGUUCAGGCUCUGGCUCCGGCUCCGGCUCAGAAUCAACUACAUCAACUCAAACGUCCCCCUUAAUUUCAACAGCUACCACUGUAGCCUCCAAAGUCUCUCAAGCUUUGACACCACCCGCGUCCCAUAGUAAACCCGUAUCUGGUGGCGGCUCGCCUAUCUUGGACGAGAAGCGAUUUAUAUCCAUGUCUAUUGAUGACAAGUUACUACACAACCACCACAACACAGAGACCACUACAACAACCAUGACCGACAGUGAAUCCCCCCCAGCGAUCAAAAAGACCUUAUCCACGAUGAACAUUGACAUUUUAGCCAGUGCAGCUACGGAGGAGUUGAAGAACUUGGAAAACUCCAAGUCGUUACCUUCGUUAACCGAAUACUUUAAAGGUGGAACGGACGACCCAUCAUCAUCAUCAUCAUCCUAUCAUCAAUUUCCUUCGUUUAACUCCUUUUCAACCAAUAAUCUUAAAUACUUGUCUGACGUUGCCAUGAUGAGUAACGCCACUGAUAAUAACAACAAUAAGUCUGUAUCGUCGGCCAAGAAGCCUCCCUUGAAUUCCUUAAGUUCCUUACAACGAAUGACACCAUUAUAUCUGCCUCAGGCCAAACCCAAAAGCAUCGUAGAAGACUCCGACUUGGAUUAUGUGAAACAGCGAUUGAAACGGUCUAGACCCACUUCUCCUUCGGGGCUCUCAUCUACAAAUAUGAUAGGUUCAAAUUCGAAUUCAUCAUCAUCAAACAUUAGAAACUUUACCUUACCCAAUUCUCCAGUCAUGGGACUCUCUACCAUCAACACUCCCUUGAUAUCUGCUAACAACUCAUCUACCAACUUGACCACUCUAUUGAGUGGUCCACCAUCAUCAUCAAUUAAGUCAUCUACAGAUACCCAAUCAUAUUUCCAUAAUGUUUCAUCGCCACCGGUAUCCCUUUCAAUGCAACCACCACCAUCCAAAGUCGACUCCGAGAGUCAGUUGCCACUGUUACGAAGUCUAAACUUGGACUUACCUACUAACUUAAUAAUCAAUAGCGGAAAGAACCCCGGAGGAUCAUAA